CCCCUCCCUGUGCCUUGUUCUGGUGGGGAAGGGACCCCCCUUCAUCCCCCCCUGUGGGCUGGGACCCCUCCCUGUGCCUUGUUCUGGUGGGGAAGGGCACCUCCUUUAUCCCCUCUUUGGGCAGGACCCUCUUCCUGUGCACCCGUCUGUGGAGCAGAGUCCCUUCUCCAUCCCCCCUGUGGGGUGGGACCUCUCCCUGUGCCCUGUUCUGUGGGGAAGGGACCCUUCUUCAGUCCCUCCGUGGGGCUGGGACCGCUCCAGUGCCUUGUUCUGUGGGGUUGGGUCCCUUCUCCGACGCCCCUGUGGGUCCGGGAUCUCUCCCUGUGCCUCGUUCUGUGGGGAAGGGCACCUUCUCCGUCCCCUCUUUGGGCAGGUCCGUCUCUCUUUGCCUUGUUCUGUGGGACGGGCUCCUCCUCCAAACCCCCUGUGGGGCCAGGACCCCUCCCUGAGCCUUGUUCUGAGAGGAAAGGUCCCUUCUCUAUGGGGUGGGCCCCCUCCCUGUGCUUGUUCUGUGGGGCUGGGACCUCUCCCUGUGCCCUGUUCUGUGGGGAAGGGUCCCUCCUCCAUCCUCUCUUCGGGCAGGACCCCUCUCCCCGUGCCUUGUUCUGUGAGGCUGCGAUGUGUCCCAGUGCCUUGUUCUGUGGGGAAAGGUCCCUUCUCCAUCCCCUCUAUGGGAUGAGACCCCUCUCUGUGCCUUGUUCUGUGGGACAGGGCUCCUCCUCCAUUCCCCCCGUGGGGCAGAGGCACCCCCUCCUCAUCAGGGGGUCAGGCUGCCCUCCCUCUCUGACCCAUGAGACAGGGACCUCCAUGGGGCAAUGGAGCAGCCCCCAUGUCCCUGCAGACCCCUAAAGGGAGACCCUCAGGGGGUGUCUGGGCUGUGCCUUUGGGGUGCCUGAUAGCACUAUAGGGGUGCCAUAAGGUCCCCUUUGUGGGGCAGGGGGAACAGCCUGGAGUGGGGAACAGCAGGGACUGGGCCGUGGCCUGGGACCACAUCCCCCAGGAGGGGCUGGAGGGGCACAAAGCAAAGGGACGUGUCCCCACCCAUCCUGCCUGGACCCCCUGGAUGAGGGGGAGCUCCCGGGGGUCCCACCCCACGCUCUGCUCGGAGUCCCCAGGUCACCUCUGCUCCUGGUAGCAGCUGGCUGGGAAUCAGACACGUCCCUUUGCUUUCCCGGGGCCGAGACAGGACGCUGCGGGUUUCUUCAGCUUUAAAAAAAAACCCACCAAAAACAAACAAACAAACAAAAAACCCAAAAAACUAACACCCAGAAAUGGGAAAAGCUGCUUUUUUGGAGUUACACGGGGGCUGCUGUUCCUGCCGUGCCGGCACGUCCGUGCCCUCCCAGCACCCGCCGCUUUGGCAGGGGACGUGCGUGGGUCGCUGGGGACUGAAAACCGACGGGUAAAAAUGCACCUCCUGCGGUUUUGUGUGAUAUUUGUUUAGUUCAGCCUGUCUUUGUCUUAGCCGGGGUGCGCGGCGGAGAGCACACACAUGGGUCUGGCCGCCCCCCGAGCGGCGCCGGCUCCGUGGGAUGUGCCAGCGUGUGUGUCCGGGGGUUGUUCCCCCCCCCUUCCCGUGCACACCUUUGGCAGGAGGUUUGGAUGACAUCUUGCUCUGGCACGCUCCUCGCCUUUGAUCUCCAGUUUCCUGCCAUGGAUAACGUGUUCGGCAACACGCGAGCCCGGCUCCGCAGCUGCCGGGGAGGGCGAUGCGGGUGCCUCCUCGUCCCGGUUUUCCCCAGCUGACUCCUGCCUACAGCUCCCGGCUUUCCUUUGUCUCGGGUGCCGCCAGGACGGGCUCUCACAGCCCAAGGAUGCUCUGAACGGAGCAAAGCCGAGCACAACCCCCCCUCCCAUCCCUUUGUUUCCCGGCGUUUGCGGGCUCAGCUGGUUUUACGCGGCGUUUAGUGCGCCCAGGCAGAUAAACCGACUACUCAACGUCUUUUUUUUUUUUUUUUUUUUUUUUUUGUUCUGAGUUAUUUUGGGUGAUUUAGUUUGCAGGGAACAUAUCCCAGCUGCAGGCUGUGCCGGAGGGAUGCGGCAGCUUCCUAGAACGGGGUGAAUUCACCAGAAGUGUUCGAUGCUCCAGCUGAUGCAUCUGAAGUGCUGUGCCAUCUGGAGCAAAAAUUAAAUACUAAUUUGGCCUCUGGCCCGGAAAAAUAACAACCCUGUGUCCUGCUAAGAACUGGCAGUGGAAGGAUAGAGCCCCUGACAGAAGAACUGCUUGGGGGCAAUGUGGAAGGAGCCCAAAAUGCACUAAUUGAGCCUACCCAUGAGCUCGGACUUCCAGCAUUACAGUUUCAGGAUGCCGAACAUCGGGUUCCAGAACCUUCCUCUCAACAUAUACAUCGUGGUUUUCGGCACGGCCAUCUUCGUCUUCAUCCUCAGUUUGCUCUUCUGUUGCUACUUGAUCAGGCUCAGGCACCAGGCACACAAAGAGCUUUACGCCUACAAACAGGUUAUACUCAAGGAGAAGGUGAAGGAGCUGAACCUCCACGAGAUCUGCGCCGUGUGCCUGGAGGAGUUCAAGCCCAAGGACGAGCUGGGCAUCUGUCCCUGCAAACAUGCCUUCCACAGGAAGUGCCUCAUCAAGUGGCUGGAGGUGCGGAAGGUGUGCCCGCUGUGUAACAUGCCGGUGCUGCAGCUGGCACAGCUCCACGGGAAGCCGGAUCCCGGCCCCCCCCAGGGCCCCCUGCCCGGGGCCCAGAACAUCGUAUAGUGCCCUCCGGGGCCGGGCCGGGGCCGCUCCCGCCCGCGGCACUCGGACACAGCCAAAGCACCGGGGACGCAGCCGGGGAGCCCCAAAUCCCGACGGAUGAAGGGCCUGACCCUCGAGCCCAGGCUCGGUUCCUCUGCCGGGGCGAGGAGGGGGCUCGGGAUCCUCAGCACCACAUCCUUCUUCCAGCACAUCCCUUCUCCAGCGCCGUGGCCGCCGGGAAGCAGCGCGGUGGCACCUGGAACGCCUCGACGUCCUCCCCCAGCUCUCGGUGCCUCCCGCGCCCGCCGCCGGUGCCCCAAACACUGGGGGGACCCUGGAGCACCACGGCCGGUUCCUUCUCCCUCCUCUUCGUCUUUGGUUCCUUUGCCUUUGCCAUUCCCACCAGGAAAUGGGGUCUGGCCCCCGGGAUCGUGCGGUUGGGUGCCCCCUCAGCGCCGGUGUCACCCCCGGGGGGCAGCGGGUGGUGGCUGUGUGGGGUCUCUUGGGUUUGGAUUCCCCACCUGCCCUGCCUGGGGGUGGUUGUCCCCCUCCUCGGCUACCUCAGGAGUCCCUGGAAUGGGCACCAUCUUGGUGUCACCCAAUAGCAGUGAGAGCCAUGGCAUGGAGGGGGCAGGCAAAAAUCCUGGCUUCUGGGAUCAUCCCAUCGCUUCCAGCCUGGCCCUGGGGGUCUCUGGGCAGCCCCCCAAACCCACCAUCCUCAUGGUGGGGAGCUGGGCCACCCCCUCACCUCUCCAGCCACAGAUCUGGGUGUCCCCCGCCAUCCUCACAACUCGUAUUCCCUGGAUUUUGGGGAGGGAGGGUGUCAGUAUUACACGGCAGCAGCUUUCCCGGGUGCAGGGCUGGGGGUGCUCCGGGUGCCGUCCCCCCAUCCCGUAAAUUCCUCCCAGGACUGUUUAUGGAGCGUGGAGCCUCAUAGACGUGUUUGUACACUACGGAUUCUGCAGCAGAAUAUUUUUUAAAACAUUCGCUGUUUUGGUUUUUGGUUUUUUUUUUUUUUUCCUCUUGUUCGUUUGGUUUUUUUGUAAGCUCUAUUUUUGUAUAUUUAAUUGCUAUUUGGAAAUUCUAAUAAUGCGUCUUUUUUGCUAAUCACACUCUUCUUAAGGAAAGGAAAAAAAAAACAUACAAAAAAAAAAAACCAAGAGUUCACAUGUGAUUUGACUUGAAAUGUAAAUAAAAGCAGGUUUUGGAA